CUCAACUGUGGUGGCCAUGCCAUUUCUUCACAACAGUCGCCAUGACAUUUAGAGCUUCUCCGCCAGACUUCCCUCCCAGACUCCUAAUUUCUAAUACCAGGCCAUUGCAAUGAUGAAAUGUGUCGUCUUUUACCUGCUUGCCUUGCUGCACCGAUCAGUUGCGCUUGAGUAUCCCAUGAUAUACAUUCAGGUGCCGACAAAAGUGGCAGCAAACACACCCAUCGAAGCUCAACUAGAUGCUGAAGUGCACAAUGGAGAUACUCAGUGGAGCAGCACGUUUCGCGUAUAUUUGGCUACUUCGGCAAAAGACGAGACGACGCCUAACUUCUUUCACUCAGAUUGCUAUUUAAUUCACGAGCACACUCUUUGCGAUGAAUCGGUAGUCAUUGCAGACGACUACGUGCUGUUCAAGAACACGUCCUUCUCAGUUACCAUUCCCGCCAACAUCGGCCCAUCCGGAAAUCAUUAUGUCCUCGUGGCACAGAUAUUGCAGACUGACGGCUCAUACUACGGCGCAUCCCUCGAGUCGAACGUCUUCAGUCUAUCAGGAGGUACCGGAUACUGGGGUCACUACCAGCUUCAAGGAUAUACGCUGUGGGGAGACGACGGCACGCCUUGUACGGGCUAUGCCUGCGUUCGCAAUUGCUCGGACACGGCAUAUGAAAGUUCCAAGGCAGGCCAAGGGAAUGGCACCAUCCAAUACCAGGACUGCGCCAAUUCUUGUCCUAAUGUGACCAUCAAUUUUGAAAGCUCGACGCGUGGUGGGCAGCCCACAGCGGAGCUCACAAAGCCGACGUCUUGUUCAACCCAGCCAUUGGUUUCUUCAACGGCCCGGACAACAAGUUCGGGCCCUCUUUCUACGCCUACACGAGCGCGAAGUGCCGCCGCUGCAGUUGGGACGAAUGCCUCGUCAGUCAUGGACCGUCGAUCACCGUGCUACGUCGGAUUCGUAUCGCUUGUUGGUUAUAUUCUGAUUGGCUGAAGCUUGCUCCCAGAAUCUGUCUGUCACUGCUUUGAGGUGUUCGCAAUACGUACUCAAGGCGUUUUCUAACUUGAAAAUUGUGCGACCUUCCAUGUCACACAAGGCAAGGUAUGGGAAUGUAGAUCAACGAUCUCGGUGGUACCUUUCUCAACAUGAGCUGGCUACCACUGCUCAAGACUUGUUCCAUUGCGUAAGACGCUGCUGAACUGAAAUAGAUUUCACCAAUACUGUAGCAGGAGUUCGCAUCAAGAUCGUCCUCGGUUUCGCCCGCCGCGGCUAUCUGAGUCUUGACGCGAGGUGUAUAGUAUGUACAACCGAAUACAAAACGCG